GAGGACCUCCCCCAUUACUCGAUCGCGGUCAACCCACCGGGCUGACAUAUUCUCCUCUGCUCUCCCUUCGCCACAGGGCUCUCAUCUACCCGUCGCACAUGCCGCCGAAUGCCAGGACAGAAGUCCCGAGACCCUCCCAAUUCGGCAUCAAAGACUUCGAGGAACUCGUCAUCCCCACCACCGAUGGAGAGAAGCUGUCCGCCUACUACAUCCGGGGCCCCCGCGGCAACCGCAACUCCGACAUCACCGUCCUCAUGUUCCACGGGAACGCCGGCAACAUCGGCCACCGCCUCCCCAUCGCCCGCAUGAUCAUCAACUUCAUCGGCUGCAACGUCUUCAUGCUCGAGUACCGCGGCUACGGCCUCUCCACCGGCGAGCCCGACGAGUCCGGCCUCUACCUCGACGCCCAGACCGCCCUCGACUACCUCCGGAACCGCGCCGAGACGAGCAACCAUAAGCUGGUCGUCUACGGCCAGAGCUUGGGCGGCGCCGUCGGCAUCAAGCUGGUCGCCAAGAACCAAAAGAACGGCGACAUCGCCGGUCUUGUCCUCGAGAACACCUUCCUGUCUAUGCGGAAGCUCAUCCCCUCCGUCAUCCCGCCCGCCCGAUACUUUACCCUCCUCUGCCACCAGGUCUGGCCCAGCGAGUCGCUGAUAAGCAGCAUCUCGGUGCCCACCCUCUUCCUCUCUGGGCUGCAGGAUGAGAUUGUCCCGCCACAUCACAUGCGCCAACUAUACGAGCUCUCCACCGCACCGAAAAUUUGGAAACCCCUACCCGGCGGCGACCACAACUCGAGCGUCGUCGAAGAAGGCUACUUCGAGUCCAUCGCCGACUUCAUCACCUCCGUAACAGGGGAUGAGAAGAUGCCGCGGCCGGAGAAAUUGUAGGACAGAGACCUCCACCAAUCGAAGUUGCUCUCUGCGCGACGUACCGUUCUUGAAUGGAAAUUGCGCCAGGGGACGACUCAGCCCAUCGCGUCUGGUCAUCUGGUCACCCGUCUCGCCUUUAGCGCUUGUUUCUGCCGUGCUGGGUGUGAUGCGCCAGAGGAGGUCCGCAUGCGUGGCACCAUG